AUGGAAAAUAAAGUAAAAACUCAAAAUGAAGAAAAUUUAGAAUUCAUAAAAAAACAUAUUGGAUAUGCUUUAGCUAAAUCGUUAUUGUUAACAAUGAAAACAGAUAAAGAUAAUCCGUUAAUUCUUAUAAGUAAAUAUCUAAAGAAUUUUGCAUCUUUUAAUGAACAGAAAAAAAAGAAAAAGAAAAUUCUAAUAAGGAAAUUGCAUUCAAAUAAUAUUAAAAUACAUGAAGAGAUAAAUAAAAAUUUUAGUAAAAAAUUAGAAAAAGACUUGUAUAAUUUUGCUAGUUAUGAAGAGAACAUUGAAUACGAAAAUUUUCCAAUAUUAUUAAAUUUAAUUAAAAAUGUUUUUAAUAUAGAAAAUGUUUAUAUGGGUAAAGUAUACAAAAUAAGAGAAAAUAAUAAAAAUGUAACUAUUCUAAAGUUUAUCUAUUCCAGUGAAAAUUGUGAUAUAAAAAAUGAAGUAUUACUGAAUGAAAAAGAAAUCAAAAAUAUAUUUUUAUCUAUUGAAAAACAAAAAGAAGAAAACUUUUAUUUUGAAAAAAAUUUUCUUUUUCCAAAUAUCAUAAAAGAAAAGUUUGUUUAUGAUAAUUUAAAUUGCAGUUUAUUUUCUAAUAUUAACCCCUUAUAUGAAAAUAAAAGUUAUUUAAAUAGAAUACAAUGUGACAAAAAAUUGACCAAAAAAAAAAAAGUUAAAAAUGGAGAUAAUAAUAAAAAGGAUGAAGGCGUUUAUGAAAAUUACGAUUCGAAGGAUCAUCAUUCUGAGAAUAGUAUUAUAGAAGGAAAUGAAAAAAGUGAUGAAAAAGAUAGAAGUGAAGAAAAUGAUAAAAGUGAUGAAAAAGAUAAAAGUGAUGAAAAAGAUAAAAGUGAUGAAAAUGAUAAAAGUGAUGAAAAUGACAAAAGUGAUGAAAAUGAAAAAAGUGAUGAAAAUGUAAAAAGUGAUGAAAAUGACAAAAGUGAUGAAAAUGAUAAAAGUGAUGAAAAUGACAAAAAUGAUGAAAAUGAAAAAAGUGAUGAAAAUGUAAAAAGUGAUGAAAAUGAUAAAAGUGAUGAAAAUGACAAAAGUGAUGAAAAUGUAAAAAGUGAUGAAAAUGAAGACGAAAAUGACGAAUCUAAUGAAAAUAUAGAUAAAUAUAAAAAUGAAAAUGAUGUAACUAAUGAAAAUAUAAUUAAUAAAAAACAUAAUGAAGAUAUAUAUAAAGAUGAUAAUAAAAAUGAAAAUGAUGAAUUAACGGGUAAACAGAAAGAAAAGGAAAUAGAAUAUGAAAAUAAAAGAGAAAAUUCUGAAAAUUAUCUACUUAAAAUUCUCAACAUGAAUCUUACAUAUAAGUGUAUAUAUAUUUAUGAAAUAUUAGAAAAAUCAGAAUUAUUUUUAUAUUCCUAUAUGAAACCUGGAGAUUUUUUAUGCAUUCCUAUAAUUUUUUACACAUUCUAUAAUUUUCAUUUUUUGAGCGAAUUAUAUUCCUUUAAAAAAUAUCUUUUUUUUAAUUCAAAAAACAUAGAUGAUCAGAAUUGUAAAGAAAAUUUUAUAAAUGAUAUAAAAAAAAAUAAUGAACCCCAUUUAAAGAGUAAAAACGAUGAUAUUUUAGACAAAGAAAACCAAAAAGAUACAGAAGAAAAAGAUGAAAAACUGAAUGAAGAAAUAAAAAUAGAAGAAAUAAAAACAGAAGAAAUAAAAACAGAAGAAAUAAAAACAGAAGAAAUAAAAAUAGAAGAAAUAAAAAUAGAAGAAAAAAAAACAGAAGAAAAAAAAACAGAAGAAAAAAAAAAGUUCAUAAGACCAAAAUUUGAUUUUAAAAAUGGAAAGAAAGUAGAAUUUUGUUUAUGCUUAGAUAACAGAGGAAGCAUAAAUAAAAUAAACAAAAAUCAGAUUAAUAAUCUUAUAAAUUUUUCCUAUUUUUUAAUUACACGAAUUUUUUUAUCAGAAAAAAAAUGCAUUGAAGAACAAGUUGAUUAUAUGAUUAAAUGCGAAUAUGGAGAAGAAAAAAUUUUGAUUGAAAAGUUAUGUAACAAAAUGGAAGACAAUAUUUCAGAAAAUAUUAUAAAUAAAUUUAAAAAUAAUUUAGUAGAUCAUUAUUAUUUUAGCAAAUCAAAUAAUUUAAUUAAAUAUGUAUCCUUGUUUCAAUGGAUACAAAAAAAAAUUUUAAAAUACCAGGAAAAAAUUUUUGAUAUUAGAAAAAUAAAGAUUGAAUGCAACAAAACAUUUUUAUUGGCUUUGUUUGGUUCCUAUAUAAUAUUAGAAUAUGAUUAUUCUGAUUUUAUAUUUUCAAAAAAUAUACUGGAUUAUGAGUGGAGAAAAUUAAUCUUAUACAUAGAUCAACAAUUUAUAGAUAAACUAAUUUCAUUUAAUCCUGUUACAUUUUUUCAAGAAAAAGAAAUAUACAAGUUACAAGAGAUAAAUCAUUUAAUAAAUAAAUUAUCGUUAAAUAAUAAAAGUUAUCCACCUGAAAUGGAAAAUAUCACAACAUACGGAAUAAUUUUAUUAAAGUUUUUCUAUCAAAUAACAAUUAAUAUUUUAAAUGAAGUCUUAAAGAUUAAAGAAAAUGAAGUUUCUUUAUAA